CAAAGCUUCGACGUCGAGGAAGUACCAUACACUGGUCUACUACUCGAUAAAAAGAAAAGUUACUUCGAAUAAUAGCUUGAAAGCUGAAGUGGUGCUUUUCAAAAGUGAAAGGUGUUUCGUUGAACUAAAGAAAAAUUAUCGAAGAAAGAAAAGAUCAUACUCCGUACGAUCGAACGAUCUGAGAGAAAAGAACGAGUAAUUCAUUCCGUACACCUGGAUCAAACGAAGAAAAGUUUUUUCCGACUCGGUGCUAGCGUAACCGAGUGGCGUAGGUCAUUGCCAGUGAUUCUGGUGCAUACGGCUCCAUCGAGCAUGGAAGAUUCAACGAGAUUAACAGACUCGGAUGAACAUCAUCAUCACCACCACCAUCAUCAUCAUCAUCAUCAUCAUCAUCACGAGUAUCGUCAACAAGAGCAACAGCCUCAUCAACAACAGCUUCAUCGGCAACACUCACGUCAGCACAAUCGUGAUCCCAGUGGUCAUAGAUUAGAGCUGAUCGACGACGAGUGUAGCACCGACAGUGGUUGCAGCAGCGGUGGUAGCAGCGGUAGCGCUGAAAAAUUGUCUCGUCGUGGUAGCGCCGAACGUCUCUGCAGAGUCAAUAGAUCUCCUAGAAGUCAUUGUUAUCUGGACAGAUUUCGUGGACGACCAACGAGAUCGCAGGAACGAUUGUCCAGCGUGCAGAGAAGCGUCGAGCGUACACGAGCGAAGUCAUCGAGAUCAUGGAGUCCGAGCGAUGUCAGGGGACAUCAACGCGUAAGUGAAUCUCCUUCUUACUCGCCAAGUCCAUCGGACGCUCACAGUAGCAGCGAUAGCGACAGCAUGAAAAGGCCGUCCACCGCCGAAACCCUUAGACGAGCUUUCCAGACUCUCAAAAUAUCAUCAAAAUGGGAGAGCAAGGAUAAGAAGCACGCGAAAAAGAGCCCAAAGAGAAUCCUAAGAAGUCCGGUCUCUUAUACUUAUGUAAGAGGACUCUCCGGUCUGCCGACUCAAAGAGUACCCAGAAAUGCAGCCCAACAGCUGAUGAUGUCCUGCACUUGUCAAGACUCGAUAGGGCUCUAUCGAUAAGUUUGCUGUCUUUCCAUCGUUUCCUCCGCUUAAAACGGAAUUCAGAGUUGCGAAAAAUUUGGAGAUUUGGACUACGAGAACAAUCAUUAUCAUUUAUCUCCUUACAUUA